AUGGCAGACACGCUCAAAGAUCAGCUCAUCACUUUGGCUUCGACCGGAGAUGCCGACAAAAUGAUAACCCUCCUGUCAACAAACAAAGAAGCCCCGUCACAAGAGACUAUCCAGGAGGUGCUGACGGCAGCUGCAAAAAGUUCCCAGUUUGAUGCUGUCCGCUUCCUUUUGGCAAAAUAUCGCUCGAUCCCUCUCAACGAGGAAAUCGUCCGAGCAGCAGUCAACACAGGUUCAAUCCCGCUUAUGCAGGCCCUCGUCACCAAGGAUCCAUCUGUGAUCAACAUGCAGUUCGACAUGCGGGGAACACCUCUUGUUGUUGCCUGCAUGGGUCGACAGCACAUUGACUUCCUUCGAUUCCUUCUUGAGGCUGGAGCAGACCCCAACCAAGACCCGGAUGCAGCUGCAUAUCCGCUUGCAUUGGUUGCAGGCCUGUACAAGGACACUGCGGCGAUCGACCUGCUCUUGCAGUAUGGUGCUAAGAUUGAGCAGUCAGGUGCACUUGGUGCUGCAGCGAGGCGCGGCAAUGAGCCUAUGAUGCGGUACCUGCUGGAUAAAGGUGCUCGGCCUGAAAGCGAUGCCACUUCUACGGGAGCUGGUGCAUCGCCUCUUCACGUGGCUGUCAAGGCUGGACAUGUCGGUGUAGCUAGAAUCUUGAUGCAGCAUGGAGCUGAUCCCAAUGCUACUGAUGCUAGUGGUACUUCGGCUAUUGAGCUUGCUAAGCAGUUGCAGCAGGAGGGCAAGGCUACGUCAGAGAUGGUGGAGGCUCUAGAGGGCAAGUAG